AUCUCCAAAUACAGUUGGAAGUAAUGGAGGUUGGCAGCUAACCUAUGACAGCACAAAUGAUGUGGAGAGAGAAGGGUGGAGUUACAGAUAACAGCGACAAAGGAGAGAAAAUGAUUGGAGAAUAGAAGAGCAGAAAUGGUAUGUAUUCAAAAACAAUUCAUUACGGGACCUGGAUCACCCUGGGUAGAAGCAGAAGAGCUUCUUAAAUCAGAGAGAAACUUCCAAGGCGAGUUUCCCAAAGAAAAAUGGGCACCAAGGGCAAAGUUAUUAAAUGCAAAGCAGCCAUAGCCUGGGAAGCAAACAAACCCCUCAGCAUUGAAGAGGUUGAGGUAGCUCCCCCCAAAGCCCAUGAAGUUCGAAUUCAGAUAAUCGCCACUGCCCUGUGCCAUACUGAUGCCCAUAUCAUCCAUCCUCAAUAUGAGGGGGCUUUUUUCCCAGUGAUCCUCGGCCAUGAAGCUGCAGGAAUUGUGGAAAGUGUUGGGCCAGGAGUGACCAACGUCAAACCAGGUGACAAAGUAAUUCCACUCUACUUGCCUCAGUGUGGAAAAUGCAAGUUCUGUCUGAGUCCACGCACAAAUUUUUGUGGAAAACUCAAGAAUUUCAGAAAUCCUAUAGGUGAUCAAAAAUUAAUGGAAGAUGAAACCAGCAGGUUUACCUGCAAAGGAAAACCAAUUUACCAUUUCAUGGGGACCAGUACCUUCAGUCAGUACACUGUAGUGUCAGAUGUUAAUCUUGUCAAAAUAGAUGAUGAUGCCAAUUUAGAGAGAGUUUGUCUGCUUGGAUGUGCAUUUUCAACUGGCUAUGGGGCUGUAGUCAACAAUGCCAAGGUCACACCUGGUUCUACUUGUGCCAUCUUUGGCCUAGGCGGCAUCGGUCUUUCUGCUGUAAUCGGUUGUAAAGCAGCAGGAGCUUCCAGAAUCAUAGUUAUCGACAUCAAGAAUGAGAAGUUUACAAAGGCCAAAGCCCUUGGAGCCACUGACUGCCUCAAUCCUAGAGAGCUAGAUAAACCCAUUCAGGAGGUCAUCAUUGAAAUGACCAAUGGAGGUGUGGAUUUUGCCUUUGAGUGUGUGGGGGGAGCUGACAUCAUGAGAGCUGCCCUGGACAGUGUAACAGCAGGCUGGGGAUUAUGUACUAUCAUUGGAGUCAACGUUGGUGAUGGUGGAUUGCGUGUUUCUGCAGUAGAGCUAAUAAUGGGCCGUACUCUAAAUGGAACAACCUUUGGUGGUUGGAAAGGUACUGAUUCUGUCCCAAAGCUGGCUGCUGACUAUAAGAAUAAGAAAUUCAAUCUGGAUGCACUGGUGUCUCAUACCCUCCCUUUUGACAAAAUCAAUGAGGCAUUUGACCUAAUGUAUCAAGGAAAAAGCAUUCGGACAGUUCUGCUCUUUUGACGACUCCAGGAAAAAUUUGGAGUACUAGCUGACUGAAUCCAAACCUGUCUUGUUAAUUCAUAACUGACAUGAUGAACAAUGAGCCAUGACUUUAAACAGAUAUUUACAGUUAAUAUCUCAUACCAAAUAGCUAUAAAGAUUAUGGCAUUUAUAGCUAUAAAUGUUAAUAUUUCCUAUGUUAAAUAACUAUGAUAAUUGACAUGCUUAUGAACAGAAUCAUAUGAUGUUGGGAAUUGUUUAAAAGUAGUUCUAGAGAGUUGGGGGUGGGGAGGGAAGGGGUCAUGAAUAAAAUUAGAUUGGCUAUAAUUGUUUACAAUUGGCUAGACUGGUUUAUAAUUGUUUAAGCUGGGUGACAAAUAUAUGGGGCUUCAUUACAUUGCUCUCUCUACUACUGUAUAUGUUCAAAAUUUUCCAUAAUAAAAAGCUUUUUACCAGAAAGAAACCACUAUUAUGUAGAAUGUAAUAAGAUACAUAUACCUUUAAAAUAUAUAUUAUCUAUGUAACAUAAGCUACAAUAAGUUACAAGCUACUCCUCUUUAAUAAGCUGCUGAAUAAUUUCCUUUUUAACAUCUGUUAAUUCUGCUUAGCUCCACCUUACCACUGUGAAUUAUAAUCACAAGUAGUGGGAUGGCAGAAACAUAUGAAUGAAUAUAUAUAUAAAGAUUUUAAAAGAAAAUACAUCUAUACUCUCAAAUUUCCAUCUUUAUGAACUAACUGCCCUUUUCAUUUUUGAUAACUAUCACAAUGUACAAUAAUGUAUAGAGCUUAACAGACCUAAACAUUUGUGACUUGCACUAUUUUUUAAAGUCACCUAGAAGUGACAAAGAACAAUGUACUUAUAAUAAACGUAGCAAGUAAAAACAUGUAUAGCUACGAGAGAACUGACAAUAGAUUUAUAUGAAAAGCAAAAAUGAGAGUUUUCAAACUAUUAUACUCAUAGAUGCUACAAUGGACAGUUUAAGAUAAAUGAAAUUAGAUCUGAAUAGCAAUGAGUAGCUCUCAGUUUAGCGUAAGUUCUGAAACUCACCAUUUAAAUAUUUACAUGUUGAAUUCUGAGAGAAGAUAAACUUCUCUGAAGCUGUGGUUGAAGGGAAUGGUAAUAUCUCAAAAUAGAAACUUAUAUUCCAACUUAUUUAAGAUUCUCUUAAAUUAGAAAUGGAAGCCAGUUAGUCUGUAAAGGCUUCCUUUGCUGGCAUUGUGGGGACUAGGAUGCACUCAGCAAAAGACUGCCCUUUCUCGUGUCAUUCCCUGUAUCAGUUGUAUUCUUUCUCCUCGUGCCCUCCCCUGCUCUGCUUGGCUUCCUCAGGCCUUCCCAGGGCCAGCUGGGGACCUAUCUCCUUUUCAGAUCUCAAGCUGUUUUCCUUCCCUGAUCUCCUUUGACUCUUAGUGUCUUUAUCAAAAACCUUAAGACAUGCUUCUUCCAUUCUGAGUUUUUCAUAUAUGUUUGUAAACUCCUUGAAGGCAGAACAAUCUUUGAAUCUAUCCUUCUAUCAGAGAUGAUCAAUAGAUACAUAUGGCCUGAUAACAAAGUUUAUUCUCACAAGUAUCCAAAUAGUUUAUAUUAGCCCUUCUGAAUGAAGUUUUUCCAAAUCAUUUUCUAUAUUCUUCUUUUUUCCUAAACAGAGUCACAAAGCUAAUCCUAAUAACUCCGAAUAGUCAUUAUGAGCAUUGUUUUAUUAUUAAAAUUAAUAAUUAAUGACUAAGUCGAUAAUAAAUUAACUUGUGAUUUAGUAGUUCCAUGCUCUCUCUCCAACCACUCCUGCCAACAGCAUCCCUGCCUCUAUCAGUCUUCUAUUUUUCCAUGUCUAAUUCUGUGAUUUGAAAAAAAAAAAAAAAAA